GGGCUGAGCCUCCCCCGCCGCCCCCCGGUGCCUGGGCCGGGGAUGGGGAACGUGGAGAGCGCGGAUGGGGAAGUGCUGCCCCGGGGCCCGGGAACGGUGGCGGCCCCGGGAGGAACGGGGCUGCUCGCCCCGGGCAAGAUGCCGAUGCCGGAGCCCUGCGAGUUGGAGGAACGGUUCGCUUUGGUGUUGAGCUCCAUGAACCUCCCCCCGGAUAAAGCCCGGCUCCUGCGGCAGUACGACAACGAGAAGAAGUGGGACCUCAUCUGUGACCAGGAGCGGUUCCAGGUGAAGAGCCCCCCCCACGCCUACAUCCAAAAACUGCGCAGCUUUCUGGAGCCGGGGGUCACCAGGAAGAAAUUCCGGAGGAGGGUUCAGGAGUCAACCAAGGUGCUGCGAGAGCUGGAGAUCAGCCUGAGGACCAACCACAUCGGGUGGGUGCGGGAGUUCCUCAACGAUGAGAACAAGGGGCUGGACGUGCUGGUGAACUACCUGUCCUUCGCCCAGUGUGCUGUCAUGUUGGAUUUUGAGGGCCUGGAUGGUGGUGAGGACGGCGCCCUGGAGAAGCUGCGGGGCUGGAGCCGCUCCAUUGAGGACCUGCAGCCCCCCAGCACCCUGCCCGGCCCCUUCACCCGCUCUGCCCGCCAGAACGCCCUACGCUCGGGCACCCUGCCCAGCCGCAGGGCGCUGAAGAACUCCCGCCUGGUGAGCCAGAAGGACGAUGUCCACCUCUGCAUCAUGUGUCUGAGGGCCAUCAUGAACUACCAGUACGGCUUCAACCUGGUGAUGUCCCACCCCCACGCUGUCAACGAGAUCGCCCUCAGCCUCAAUAAUAAGAACCCGCGGACCAAGGCGCUGGUGCUGGAGCUGCUGGCGGCCGUCUGCCUGGUGAGGGGGGGACACGAAAUCAUCCUGGCUGCCUUCGACAACUUCAAGGAGGUCUGCAAGGAGCAGCACCGCUUCGAGAGGCUGAUGGAUUACUUCCGCAACGAGGACAGCAGCAUCGACUUCAUGGUCGCCUGCAUGCAGUUCAUCAACAUCGUGGUGCACUCGGUGGAGGACAUGAACUUCCGCGUCCAUCUCCAGUACGAGUUCACCAAGCUGGGGCUGGAGGAGUUCCUGCAGAAGUCGAGGCACACGGAGAGUGAGAAGCUGCAGGUGCAGAUCCAGGCGUACCUGGACAACGUCUUUGAUGUCGGGGGACUUCUGGAGGACGCUGAGACCAAGAACGUGGCCCUGGAGAAGGUGGAGGAGCUGGAGGAGCAUCUGUCCCACCUGACAGAGAAGCUGCUGGACCUGGAGAACGAGAACAUGAUGAGGGUGGCAGAGCUGGAGAAGCAGCUGCUGCAGCGGGAGAAGGAGCUGGAGGUGAUGAAGGAGACCUACGAGCACACGAGCCACCAGGUGCACACACUGCGGCGGAUGAUCCAGGAGAAGGACGAAGCGUUCCGCAAGCGCUACGGCUCCGAGCCCCUCCCCGCCCCGGGGGCUGAGCUCCCUCCCCAGCCCGAGCCUCAGCCCCCGGAGGAGGCCCUGAGGGUCCCCCCCUUGCCCCCCGUGGAGGUUGCGCCUCCCCCGCCCCCCCCGCCACCCCCCCUGCCGCCCCCUGCCCCCCCGCUCCCAGGGAAGUGUCCCCCCGCCCCCCCACUGCCAGGGGCUUCGCCCUCCAUCGCCCUCACAGUCGGAUUGUCGGCCAUCCGGAUCAAGAAGCCCAUCAAGACCAAGUUCCGCCUGCCCGUCUUCAACUGGACGGCGCUGAAACCCAACCAGAUCAGUGGGACGGUGUUCAGCGAGCUGGAUGAUGAGCGGGUGCUGGAGGACCUGGACCUGGAGCGUUUCGAGGAGCUCUUCAAAACCAAGGCGCAGGGACCCGCCCUGGACCUGGUGUGUGCCAAGAGCAAAGCCUCGCAGAAAGUGGCCACCAAGGUGACACUGCUGGAGGCCAACCGGGCCAAGAACCUGGCUAUCACCCUGCGCAAGGCUGGCCGAGGCACCGAGGAGAUCUGCAGAGCCAUCCACACGUUCGACCUGGCGACGCUGCCGGUGGAUUUCGUGGAAUGCCUGAUGCGGUUUCUGCCGACGGAGGCGGAGGCAAAGGCCCUGAGGCAGUGGGAGAGGGAGCGGAAGCCGCUGGAGGAGCUGGCGGACGAGGAUCGGUUCAUGCUGCAGUUCAGCAAGGUGGAGAGGCUGCCCCAGCGCAUGGCCAUCAUGGCUUUCCUGGGCAACUUCACCGAGAACCUCCAGAUGCUGACACCGCAGCUCAAUGCCAUCAUCGCAGCCUCAGCCUCGGUCAAGUCCUCGCAGAAGCUGAAGCAGAUGCUGGAGAUCAUCUUGGCCCUGGGAAAUUACAUGAACAGCAGCAAACGAGGCGCCGUUUAUGGCUUCAAACUCCAGAGCCUGGACCUGCUCCUGGACACCAAAUCGACAGACAGGAAGAUGACUCUGCUGCAUUUCAUCGCCCUGACAGUGCGGGAGAAGUACCCAGAGCUGGCGACCUUCUGGCAGGAGCUGCACUUCGUGGAGAAGGCAGCUGCAGUAUCCCUGGAAAACGUCCUGCUGGAUGUGAAGGAGCUGGGCCGGGGGAUGGAGCUGCUGAGGAGGGAGUGUGGGCUGCAUGAGCACGGCGUGCUCCGAACCUUCCUGGCCAGCAGCGAGGGGCAGCUGGAGAGGCUGCAGAAAGAUGCAAGGACGGCAGAGGACGCCUACAACACAGUCGUGCGGUAUUUCGGCGAGAGCCCCAAGACCACCCCCCCCUCCGUCUUCUUCCCCGUCUUUGUCCGCUUCAUCCGCUCCUAUAAGGAGGCGGAGCAGGAGAACGAGACGCGGCAGAAGCAGGAGGAGGUGAUGCGGGAGAAGCUGCGGGCGCAGGAGGCGAAAAAGCAGGAGAAGCGGAACAAGUGGCAGCAGCAGGAGCUGAUCGCGGAGCUGCGGAGGCGCCAGGCCAAGGAUCACCGCCCCGUCUAUGAGGGCAAGGACGGCACCAUCGAGGACAUCAUCACCGCCCUGAAGAGCGUUCCCUUCACUGCCCGCACGGCCAAGCGGGGGUCCCGGUUCUUCUGUGACCCGGCCCAUCACGACGAGUCCAGCUGUUAGCCCCCAGCCCACCAGUGGAUCCGUCUGUAGCCCCCGCAGGGUCUGAGGGGGGGGCCCUGUGCAGGACCACCCCAUGGUGCCACUGUCCUGGCAGGAGGUGUCCCCAUCCCAUUCCCCCCCUCCCUGAUCUUGGGGGGCAACUCAUAGCCUGGACCCCCCCCCCCAAGUCUUCCCACAGCAGGGGCCAAAUCCUGCCUGGAUCCAGGGGGGGGGGGAUCAGGGGUGGUGGCUGACCCCUGGGGUGCCCCUUUGCCAUCGGGGUCCCUGUGGGGGGGGAGUCACCACCCCAGCGCCCCCCCCCCCUUCCCCCAUCCCACUGUGGGGUCCCCCCCCCCGCGCUCAGCACUUUGACCGUGGAUGUGAACACUAAAGUGCCAAAAAAA